AAAUUCAAAACAGCACGGCAGCGGCACGGAAAAGGAAAAAUUUCAUAACGCGUUGUGAAUGUGAUUGCGGUUGGAUAGUGUAUUUGAUUUUUACAUAGAAAAAUGUUCGAUAAAGUGUUUCGGCGUGCCCUAAAAUUCCGGAUAAGAAAGAGUUAUCCUACAAAUGUCUAUGACUUGUCUAGAGGUGCUGCUGUAGCAGUAAGAAGGCCGUAUAGUGACGAAGUGAAACGCGCGCAGUCAGCCGACUCUUCUACUGGUACAAUAUUCGACAAAAUUAUAUCCAAGGAGCUGAAAGCCGACAUAAUAUACGAGGACGACCUUUGCCUCGCGUUCAACGACAUUGCCCCACAGGCACCGGUGCAUUUUCUUGUUAUACCGAAGAGGAAAAUCACAACGUUGCAAGACAGCGAAACCAGUGAUAAGGAGCUCCUGGGUCACUUAAUGCUGGUUGCUCGUUCUCUCGGCACAGCACGUGCUCCUCAAGGCUGGCGUUUGGUGGUCAACAAUGGUGUCCAUGGGGCUCAGAGCGUUUACCAUCUACACCUGCAUGUGUUGGGAGGCAGACAGAUGAAAUGGCCACCGGGUUAGGUGAUUUUGAAUUGCUAAAUAAAACUGUAACUUAUUUUCCUACUACCCAAUGUAUAAACUAUAGGAUAUCACACAAAUUUAUCAAUUAAUAGCUUGGGUAGGGAGAGAAUAAGAUCAUCAUCAUACAGAUAUACUUAAUUGUUGUAAGUCAGUGAUGAUAUGCCGUUCAUUAUAUUUCGCUUAAUUAGAUGAAUUUUGUAGGACAUAAAAAACCAAGCAAGAAUUGUUAUACAAAAUUACCAAUUUUGAUUAUAUUUUUUGGUUUGUAGUUUAUUAAACUAACAUUAAUCAGAGGAAACAAAUUUAAUGAAAAUGUUUACAUUAUUUUAUUCACAUAGUUCAAGUUAUUUUCAAGUUUUAGCAAGACCAAACAUCAUAUACUUUAUGAACUUUUACAUACAUAAAGUAUAUGAUGAUUAUGUAUCAGAAAUAAUAUCUAUCACUUUUUGGUUUUAGUUUUUCUCUUUCCUCAUUGACAUAAAUGUGUUACAAUACAACAUAAUAUGCACAGUGGAUUAUUGAAUUCACUAAUUGUUUCAAAUUAUUAAAUUGUUUGGCAUGUUGGGGCAAUGAUUUUUUAAUCUUUGAUAGGUCAUGAUUAUGGUAACUUUAAUCAGACUUUAAUCAACUUACUUCCUGUGAAUUCUUUAUUAUUGUUUGUUUGGAUUAUCUGAUAAAGUGAAAGAAGAAGGGGAAUGAUUUAUUUGGUAAACACAAACACAACAUAGAAAUCAAAAAGCAUAAAUACAAUAGUAGUAUUCUCAACUGAGCUGUGAUAGCCCAGUGUAUAUGACCUCUGUCUCCGAUUCCGGAGGGUGUAGGUUCAAAUCCUGUCUGAGGCAUGCACCUUCAACUUUUCAGUUGUGUGCAUUUAAUGAAAUUAAAUAUAACGUGUCUCAAACGGUGAAGGAAAAUAUCGUGAGGAAACUUGCAUACCAGGAGAAUUCUCUGUGUGUGUGAAGUCUGCCAAUCCGCAUUGGGCCAGUGUGGUGGACUAUUGGCCUAACCCCUCUCAUUCGGAGAGGAGACUCGAGCUCAGCAGUGAGCGGAAUAUGGGUUUAUAAUGAUGAUGAAAUGAUGAGUGUCAACUCUAUAUGAUAAUAAAGUUGUGUCACUAUAAAAAUUAUAAUAUUUACAGAAAUGUUGUCAUAAUAUGCCAAUAUUCUAUGUAAAUUAUUUUGAUUAUUGAGUCUGUCCUAAUUAUUACCGACAUAGGAUAACGAAACUUAUAUUUUUUUAUCACUAUAGUGUUGUAUAGUGUUGUGAAAGAAAGUAAAUAAGUUGUACAAAAAUUAUGUUAAAUAUGCAUAAAAAAUGAGAUUGUGGAUGUAAGUAAAUAUAUAAAUUCUUACAGCCACUUUCUUCAUGUAAAACUAAAGUAACAGUAAAAGUAGUAAAGAAGACUUUAUUUUUCAGUGAAUAAGACCGUCACUUUUGAUUUAUGACGUUACUUUGACUGUUAAUUGCGAUGAAGAAACUGGCCGUUAGUAUAUAGGUAUAAGCAUUUGAAAAUAUUCAAUACUGGUAUUUAGAUUUGCAAUUGUUUGGCAGCUCUUUUAUUUAGACAGAUGUUUUUUUUACAAUACCUACUGUUUAAUCACUUAUUAUAAUAUAAACAGUUUUGAAGAAUUACAAGCUUAAUAACAAUCAAAGAAAACGUGUCAUAAAAUUGCCAUACCUACUUGUUUUUAAGAUUUAGAAAUUUGUCUUAUUAAUGGGGAUGAUGACAAGGUUUGAAUAUAUUGAUUUUUAUGAUACAUUCGGGUAAAUAGGGUCAAUGUUAACUAAUUUAUACAUAAAAAGCAAAUAUUGUCUGGAUAUUUGCAAAAUAAAUGAGAUUAUAAAAUCUCAAAAUCUAUUAAAAAUAUUUUAUCGUAAUUAGAUGAAAAUUCAUACAGUUUUAGCUUCCUUACAUUAAAUGUGACAUUUUUUAAUAUGUGAACUAUAAACAUAAACGUGCAAAUAUCAAAGAUAUUAGUAAUUUUGUUUAAACGCACAUAGAAAUCUAACGAUCAUUACAUUGCCUACGACGUCAUUAGUUCGUGCCAUUUUGUAUGGGGCGUUCCGCGUUUUUCAGGGAACCGCGGCAGCGCCGCAAAUCUGACUCUUUAAAUCCUUGUAGCUCCGAAAGUAAUGAUCGCAGAUACCCUGUUCCUUUUACAAAAUUGCUUUACUAUUAGUAUACUCUUAAUUUAUAUACAAUUUUAAAAAACUGUCAUCAUCCCUAUUGUGCAAUGGUUAGUGCAAUAUUGGGCCAAAUUAGAUUAAGAGGAUUUUGUGUAAAAGUGUCAUUUUGACAAAACUAACGCCAAAGUUUGAAUCCAAUAGUAUGCUUUAUUAAACUAGUGGCUUAGACCAAAUAUUAAACUAUAAAUUGUAAUAACUAUUCAUUAUUUAUUCAAUACAUUUGUAAGUACAGUAUUUUAAUAUGUUCGUUAAUAAUUUUGUAAGCUAAAAUUACCUAAACUACCUCUUCCUAUUCAAUCAGUGAAUAUUAAAAAUAUUAAUCAUAUAUCACAGAUUAGAGUUUGGCUAUUAAAAGUAGAAACUGAAAUCAGUCAAAAAGUCUCAGUAUAUUCUCAACAUUUUAGUGCAAAUAUUGGAAUAACUGAGUUUAAUACUUAUAGUAUAGGUACUGAUAGUAAUGUAUUCACAAACAAAAAAAAUAAUUUAAACAAAUUAUGAAAUGGUUUUUCAAUUUGUUUAAAUGAUUUUUUAAUUUGGCGGGCAAUUCCAGUUUUUACUUUCAUUAGCCAAACUCUAAUGAUAGGUAUUGUUUCAAUUUAAACAUAAAAAAUUCAAUGUACAAAUAAAUGUAUAGAAAAAGUUGUUUACAAUUGUUGAUAAUCUCUUUUAUAUUAUCUGAAAUAGAAUCUCAAAUAGUCUGAUGAAUCAUAGUUUUAACGAAUUCAUCUAGUCACAUAUUAAUUAGUUUUUUUAUCAAUAAUGCUGAAUAUGGCGAUGUACCACAGAAUAUCUAAUAGUACCAACAUAUCUGCCGGUACAGCAACAUUUUACUGUGACGUUAUUAACCUCCGACGCAAAAGGGGGGUGUUAUAAGUUUGACGUGUCUGUCUGUCUUUGGCAUGAAUUCUCCCGAACGGAUGAAGCGAUUUCAAUAUAGUUUGUUUUGUCUGAAAGGUGAUUUAUCUGCGAGUGUUCUUAGACAUGUUUGAUGAAAAUCGGUUGAGCCGUUUAGAAGUUCUGGGGAUUGAAGUGGGGAAGAAUAACCGAAUGGCAAAUAUACUCGAGUGAAGUCUGAAAGAGAAUUGAUCGAAAAUGUAAUUAAUAAUAAUUUAAUGACUUUUGGGGGUUAUUCAAAAUUUGAAAUUUUUAAAACAUGUUUUCAAUAACAGUGUAGAUAAUAAACAAAGACUGUUCUAGCAUCAACUAGAACUACCUACAUUUAAUACGAAUAGUAUUAAAGAUAUUCUGUGGUUUUAUCAAAUACUAAUUUUAUUGCACUAAUUUUACAGGUGAUGCAUAUUUUUGCGUCAUGUGUUUAGCCAUUUUUAUGCCUAGUUCGGAUUUUUUUAUUAUUUUAGUCGAGUAUGAACGAUUUUUGGAAUUACCGCUCAAAAAUAGUUUGUACUCGACUUAAAAACUAAAGUAGUCCGAACUAGGCAUUAGGGCUGUGAAAUUGGUUAUUUAAAAAUUUAAUACUUAAACUUACCAUUAUUAGCGACAAUAUCACCCAAAAUUAGCCACUGUUUAAUUAAGCCAUAUCUUCUGGUCACAAACUAUGGUAUUUUUAAUUUUUGUAUUUAGUAUUAAUAAUUACAAUUAAGUUUUAUAUUUAAUUUUUGUUUAAGUAACGUUUUAGUUUUGAUUUCCCAAUUUAGUGUUUUAAAUAAAUAUCCAAGUGAUUAUCUAUACUUCUAUACUAAUAUUAUAUAGAGGAAACAUUCGAUUGUUUGUUUGUAUGUUUGAAUAGACUUUUGAAAGUAACCAAUUUGAAAAAUUAUUUCACUGUUGGGAAGCUACACUAUUCCCAAGUGCUAUAGGCUAUAUUUUAUCCCCGUAUUCCUACGGGUACGGGAACCACGCGGGUAAAACCGCGCGGCGUCUGCUAGUAAUGUAUUAAAAAUAUUAUUUUUUGGUAAAAAAGCGACCUAACAAUCUAAUCAAAAUAUUUUGAUUUGAUUUCUUAGUUUCAGUGAGAAUUGCAUUUUGUGUUUCUAAAUCAAAUAAAAUAUUAAGUAGGAAUUCAUUUAUGUAUUUUUAAUGACGGUUAUGGGAUUAACAUGGCGUGAUGUAGGCGUAAUUCUUACUUUUUUUUAUUGCAAGAAAAAAUGUACAGAAUAGUCGCUCGUCAUUUUAUUUUGUUCAGAAUUUAAUGAAUAAUUAAACUCUGUAACUAUUUGAUUGAAUAAUAAUUGUUAUUAAGAAUUUA